AUGGCCCCCUCGGCAAUUUCCAAUAGCCCGCCACCUUCGGUAUCAAACGACGCCGGCUCCCUAGCCAGUUAUCGCGGCUAUGACUCCGUUCACUGGUACGUUGGCAACGCCAAGCAAGCAGCCACCUACUAUAUCACUCGCAUGGGCUUUCAGCGAGUCGCUUACCGCGGCCUCGAGACUGGCUGCCGACACACUUGCUCCCACGUUGUGCGCAACGGAAACAUCACUUUUAUCCUGACAUCCCCACUGCGCUCGCAGAACCAACUCGACCGCUUCACUCCCGAGGAACAAGAUGAACUGCGUGAGAUUCACGCCCAUCUCGAGCAACAUGGUGACGCAGUCAAGGAUGUCGCCUUCGAAGUUGACGACGUCGACGCGGUUUAUCUUGCCGCAACUCGGAACGGCGCCAAAUCUAUCUUGAAGGACAAAGACGGUUCUGUCAAAAUUGCGACGAUUCAAACCUACGGCCAGACGACCCACACUCUUAUCGAACGGGGUGGGUAUCGUGGCGUUUUCUUGCCCGGGUAUCGAGCGGAAACAGGACCCGAGGACCCAGUGUCCAAGUUCCUACCGGCUGUUCAACUGAAGCGCAUUGACCACUGUGUUGGUAAUCAGGAUUGGGACGAGAUGGACAAAGUGUGUGAAUACUACGAGAAAGCACUCGGGUUUCACCGUUUCUGGUCCGUCGACGACAACCAAAUCUGCACAGAAUUCUCCGCCCUGAAGAGCAUUGUCAUGUCGUCACCGAACGAUAUUGUGAAAAUGCCGAUCAACGAGCCUGCCAAGGGCAAGAAGCAAUCUCAGAUUGAGGAGUAUGUCGACUUCUAUAAUGGGGCUGGUGUACAACACAUCGCCCUCAUGACGGACGACAUCAUCCGUGACAUUACAAAUCUGAAGGCCCGUGGGGUGGAGUUCAUCAAGGUUCCGGAGACGUACUACACAGACAUGAAGGCACGCCUUAAGAAGUCCAGCCUAGUCCUAAAGGAGGACUUUGAAACCAUCAAAAGCCUGGACAUCCUGAUUGACUUUGACGAGGGAGGCUACCUACUGCAACUGUUUACCAAGCACCUAAUGGAUCGUCCCACCGUGUUCAUUGAGAUCAUCCAGCGGCACAACUUUGAAGGAUUCGGAGCCGGAAAUUUCAAGUCUUUAUUCGAGGCCAUCGAACGGGAACAAGAACUGCGCGGAAACCUCGUUUGA